CACAUGAACUCGCAGAUUUGUUUGGUAUUCAGCAGCUGUCAUAGACGAAAGAAGAAUCUGCCCGAAAAAUGCAUUCACCGUGAUUAAAGAUGAUUUUAGAUUAACGUUUCUAAACGUCGAUACUCAUUUUACUCUUUUAUGUGAACAUUAUUGAAGUGCGCGUGACCAAACGCAGAACCAAUACGUUGUAUAAGACGCGCCCUUUCAAUCAAAUCUCGCUACAAUGUUGCGCUUUAUUACAGUUCUAAAUACAUUUCUAUAGAAACCACAUCGAUACGUUGUAAUUCUUUUUAAAUAAAGACUCCUGAUCAACAGGAGACAUCGUGUCACUGCCAGCCGGUGUCGCAACAUGCGUCUACACUGAUUUGCCUUAUUAGUUUCCAUUAAAAUCCAAAGAGCUGGCCUGUAAAAGGUGUUUUUAAAAAGGAGCAUCAUGCUGCGAUGGAUUCUGGGAGCUCGAGAAGCGCAGGGGACAGUAGAGAAGAGCGCGGCGCUGUUCAUUGGGGAGGAACAGCCCAAAAACUGUUUCACGGAGAUGCAGGUGCUGAAAGGACACUUUGACAUUGUUCGAUUUCUGGUGCAGAUUGAUGACUUAAGGUUUGCGUCGGCAGGUGAUGAUGGACUCGUGCUGGUUUGGAACGUUGAGACGGGGGAGUUGUUGUUGGACUUGCGCGGUCACACGCGGCAGAUCACGGCCAUGACAUCAUACGCUUACGUCAGAGGCGGAAACACGCACACUGCCCUCAUUACUGCAUCAUCAGACCGCACGCUCAGUUUAUGGGAUCCUGACACGGGACACCGUGUGCAGAAUGUGUCUGAUCUGCAGUCCUCUGUGAAGUGUUUGCUGGUGUUGGACCGUUUGGACGUGUGGCUCUCGGGGGGAAAUGAGCUGUGUGUGUGGAACAGAGACUUUGAGCUGCAGUGUAAAACCGUUCAUCACAGCGACACCGGCAUCUCAGCCAUGGUGCAGUUACCAAAGAACUUCAUCGCAGCUGCCAUGGAUAGAGAGAUUGUGAUAUUUAAGCUGAACGUGUCUGGGUCGGAUAUUGCCGUUAUGGCCAUGCGACAUCUGGCUGAUCAUCAGGACACCAUUCGAUCGCUCAUCAAUGUCAACGACGGAUUGUUUGCGAGUGGCUCUCAUAUCGGCGAGCUCAUCCUCUGGGACUCCCUGAAUUGGACGAUUCAGGCCUAUGAGCACAUCCUGUGGGAGGAGUCAGCGGGAGAAGGCCAAUCAGAGGUCAGGUUGACUAACCAGAAACGGAUCGAGAGGUCCAUUCAGCACAUGAGCUCGGACGGAGAGUUACUUGUGGCAGCUGUAGGCAGUGGUCUGUGUGUUUAUAAUGUGGCGUUGAAGAGCGUGGUUGCGUACAGAAGGAUCGCUCAUGACUCAAACUUCUUACACACCGUGCUGCAGGAGGAUGGGCAUCUGAUGUCGUGCUCUGAGGACGGCAGCGUGAGGAUGUGGGAGUUACAGGACCUCCCCCUGCCUGCUGAGCCCGCCUCCUCAGGGCUUUUCGGGAUGUUCGGCACGUUCGGCAGGUCUAGCAAGCAGGUUUGCCCUCCUGCCAAGAAACUCCCAGAAGUCUCCGGUCUGCGAUCGCUGGAACUUACGGGCGAUCUGAUCGGUCACUCUGGAGCUGUGCAGAUGUUUGUGAGUUUUAAAGAGAAGGGUCUGGUCACCUGUUCCACAGAUCACCUGCUCAUCGUGUGGAGGGACGGACAACUGCAGUCGCAGCUGCGCAGCCUCGCGCUCUUUCACAAACUGGAACAGAACCAGGGACUGUGAUAUGAUCUUCACAUCGCCUUUACUCUUGAACUCAACACAAAAUUGAGUCUUAGUGUUUGUAUUGAAAGCACCAGUUAAUGAACAUCACAGGUCUCAGAUCUGUUGAUCAGGUUUCUUUGUACUAACCUUCUACUGUAUAAAGUCUGAUCACAUCAGUGUUUUAACUUCACAUUAGACACAUUGUGUUUUUACACAUAAAACAUGUAAAUGUUGUCAGAUGUUUGUCAUUUUACUCGAAUGGUUUUAUGAAUAAUUGUUAGAUGAUUGUUUUAUGUGAAUGUUGAUUUGUGUAUAUUAAAGGGAAUGUUUGUGUUAUGAGAAUAUUUAAUGACCUUAAAACUGAACAUUUGAUUGCACUUUAAUGUUUGCUUGUGUGUAUUUGAACUGCCUGAACUGAAUUUGAUUAAAUCUUGUGUGCUUGUGAACUCGGAUGAAAAAGACUUUAUUGCAAAUGUUUAUUUGUGUGUCUCACAAACACAACGGAUUCAAAGUCGGAGCGGUCACUCCAAACAACAGAUAAAGACAGAAUCAGACAUCAGAAAUAAAACAUGUUUAAACAUAUAUGACAUAAAUCUUUUUUGUACAACUAACAAGAACUGCUGAAUGGCUUGACUAAUUUUACUUUCAAUAAUAUUGCGUUUAAUAAAAAUAGUUUAUAUACAUUUGCUCGAGGGAUAAUGCAAGUUUGCAUUCCCCAACUCUUCCAAAAAAAAAGAAUACAGUAAUUGGCACAGAAUCUGCACCCAUCCAUCAAUUCACACAAGUAUUAAACCUGACCUUCUAGUUCACUUCAUGACCCGCCCCCUAUUAUGAUGUCAUCGUGAGGUCAUGUUUGUAAGCGAGCCCUUCAAUAAUGGGUGUGUGACGGAUGUCCAUCAAUAGAAUUACAACACCAUAUUCAAACACAAGCGGGACUGACACCUCUUUAGUCACAAGAUCCACGAAUGAGCAUAGAAAUCAAAUGGCUUCUAGGAAUACAUUUGUUUCCUUGUCACAAAUACUUUAGGUAGUUGCAAAAAUAAUUGCGUUGGCAACAUUGGCUGAAAUCACGGGACACAUCGAACCUGAGGGGACGGUUUUGGCUGCACUGUUAAUGUUUGGAGUAAGACAAGUACAUUUUUCCCAUGAGUCUGAGCAUUUCUGCCAUCGCUACGUGAAUAUAAAUAUGUUUGAUUUUCUGAAACACAAUGAUAUUUGAAAAGUAUCUGCACACAGGGUUUUAUUUAGUCAAAUUUAAAGGGAUAGUUCACCCCAAAACAAACAUUCUGUCAUCAUUUGUUCACUCUCAUGAAAAUGUGUCUUCAUGAAACGCGUCAGUGGUUUUGUGUUCACACGGUGGAAGUCAAUGGGGGUCAGUGUUGUUUGGUUACUCAAGUUCUUCAAAAUGUAGUUUGUGUUCUGCAAGAAACAGUUUGAAGUGUUUGAAAUGACAAAAGGGGGAGUCGAUGAGUUUGUUUUUCAUUGAUGGUUGAACUAUCCCUUUAAGUCUGAUCCUCAAAGCAUACGGAGAGAGAGAACACAAGGCAUAUAACUGACGCAUUGAAAAGAGGAAUCUUCAAAAACUCUCUUUUGUGUUCCUCCCAAGAGAAAAAAACCAGAACUUUGAAAACAUAAAAAAGAGCAAAAUCUGAAAAAAAAAAAUGGGGGCAAAUAUCACUUAAAUUGCAUCACUGCUAAACAUUUAACAAAGCUGAACUAA